AGGUCUAACACACUCCUGGCCUCUCAAGGUGCCGCCCCUGAUGGCACUUCCGGUUCCGGCGUAGCCCGGAAGUGGGCGGGCUGCAGCUGCGCGCGGAGGAAGUGGAGGAGGUGCCGUGCGGCAGCUUCCCGCCCCCGAGCCGGAGCCGGUGCCUGGUGGAGCAGAGCCUAGGUCGGGCCCGGAGCGGAGCCGGCUGAGUGAGCGCCGAGCUCCCGCCAUGGCCCGGAACACGCUGUCCUCGCGCUUCCGUCGGGUGGACAUCGACGAGUUUGACGAGAACAAAUUCGUGGACGAGCAGGAGGAAGCGGCGGCGGCAGCGGGAGAGCCAGGCCCAGAUCCUAGCGAGGUGGACGGGCUCCUGCGGCAAGGGGACAUGCUUCGGGCGUUUCAUGCAGCCUUGCGAAACUCCCCCGUCAACACCAAGAAUCAAGCCGUGAAGGAGCGAGCCCAGGGUGUGGUGCUGAAAGUACUCACAAACUUCAAGAGCAGUGAAAUUGAGCAGGCUGUGCAGUCACUGGACAGAAAUGGUGUUGACUUGUUAAUGAAGUACAUUUAUAAAGGGUUUGAGAAGCCCACAGAAAACAGCAGUGCAGUGUUACUCCAGUGGCACGAAAAGGCCUUAGCAGUAGGAGGACUAGGCUCCAUUAUAAGAGUUCUUACAGCAAGAAAGACUGUUUAAAAAAAAAAAAAAAGACUCAUGUUACCUUGAGAAGAACUUUGGAUGCCCAGGCUGGUGAAGAAGGGACUGAAAAUGGACCAUCUUCCUAGGAACUCCCAACUAAACUAUUUCAGGACAUGUAUCCACUGAAAUGUAUUUUAUUUUCAAGGUGGAGGGAGAAAUCAUUUUACUGUUUCCUAAAUCCUUUGCAGGAUCUGAUAGUCUAUGCCUUUGUCUACAGAACUGACAUUGUGACUGUUUACCAGAGUGGCUGGCCAGCAGUGGUCAGGUGUACCUGUGUGCACUGGGGGAGGGAUGAUUUGGGCAGGUGCAGAUCCAAGGGCUGUGGUAAAAGGGAGAGCUUGUUUUUUCUUUUUUGUUUUGUUUUGUUUUUGAAGUGGAUAAAAUCCCAAGAGUCUGUACAGAUACCCCGACUUCUCAGAGAAGGCGGGCACUCUUGGGCUCAUUGUAAAGUGCCUGCUGCAUCAAUAAAGCUCUUGGCUUAUUAGUAUACACA